AUGCAUGUUGCAAGUAUCGAAAUGAUACGGCCUCAUUUCGAAUCAGCUUCGAUUGAAUACCAACAGCAGCAACAAACACACCACCCACAUCAUCAGCAGCAGCAGAAGACACAACAUCAACAGCAAGAGCACCAGCAGCAGCAGGAACAGCAGCAAAUUUCUAAAAUCAUUAGUAAUCCCCCUCCCACAAUAGUUGGAGCACCAAAUGGAACAACAAUGUGUGUCGCAAAACUUGUGAUUGGGCUGGAUCAUGCUCCUCCGGCAUUUAAUGUACGAUCACGUGUGUUGGGAGAUGGUGGGACAAAUUUGAAUUAUAUUCGUACCGAAACCGGGGCAGUGGUAACGCUAAGAGGACGUGGGUCAUUGAAUCUUGACCCGCAAACAAUGCAAGAAGCUCCGGAACCAUUGCAUCUCUUCUUAGAACAUUCUUCCUUGGAUGGUUUACAAAGUGCUAAGCAGCUCGCGAAAAAUUUAAUCGAGACACUACAAGAAGAGCUUAGCUUUUUUCAAGAGAAUAAUAUUCCGAAAGCUAAUUUUCAACUCAUACCCCCUCCGCAAACUAAUAUGGUGCAAACAACACAAGUCACUCAAAUGGCGCCGAUUAUAAGAACACAACAUGUUACGCAACCGAAUGGAAUUAUUCAUCAACCACCGCCUACGGUCCUUGCUCCUCCGCCACCGCCUCCACCGGGUUUUGUGCAACAUCCUCCGGUUUUGCCACAAAGUCAACCUCCACCGGCGCAAAUCAUUCCACAAGCUCCUACCAUAAUUCAGUCCCACGUGCCAGUACAAAUUCAUCAGCAGCCGAAUAACGUUGUAAUUUCACAAAUUCAGACCGCAACGGCUCCUACCCAAAUUGCAAACGUAAACAAUCCUCCACCAGUGGCGCAAAUUCGCCCGCCGAUAGUUCAGAUUAAAAACUCUCCAACGACUGGGACGCAUCUAUCGCAACCGCCUCCGAACAUACAGAUUCAGCAAGCACCGCCAGAAGCGGCACAACAAAUCAUUGUGAAUCCUGCACCACCCUACCAGGUGCAGUAUAUUCAACAAAAUCCAUCUAUUCAGACAAGCGGUGGUGGCACAAAUGGACAGGUCACGAUACAGCAUCUUAUUCAGCCACAACCACAGUCGGUUCAGGGAAUUGUGCAAACAACAAUACCGCCUCCCCAGUUCGAUCACUUUCAGCGUCCACCGCAAACGCAACAAAUCAUCACCGUGCAGGGCAGUACUGCAUUUAUGGUGCCGCCACCUAACAUCAACCAUCAGACGGCUCCCCAACCGCAGAACCAGAUAAUUUUUCAGACUCAACAACCGAUUCUAACACACCAUCCACCUCCGGAAUUGGUGGGUGCACAACCUACCGGAAUGCUGCUAAAUGGUGGUGGUGGGGAUGCAAAAAAGGUGGGUGGACCUUCGGAUUUGCAAAUAAAACAGGACUCGCUCAAGCUAGACGAAGGUCAGCCUCCUCCCGGAACUAUUCUGCAGCAGAUUCCUACUAGCGGUCAACUAACCAAAACAACUGUGAUCCCCGUAUCGUCGAUACCGGGCAUACCGAUCAGUCAACCGCCACCACCCAUCAUGUCCGUGCCUCCACCGACAGUGCAACAUAUAGUCGGCAAUACGAUCAUUACUUCGCAACCAAAUCCACCCAUCAGUCACGGUGGCAUUCCGCAACAAAUUUAUAGCCAAAUACCGGUGUCGAUACAAUCAUAUGUUCCAGCUCCGCCACCGCAACAAAUGCAAGUCGGUGGGUCGCAUUUUGUUGUUAGUGCCCCCCAACCAUGGCCAGUAACUGCUUCAGCCGCCGGUCAACAAAUCCAGCAAGUACCAGCAAGUACGGUACCUAGUAUACAGAUUACUACCCAACCAAUAAGGAAUCCAAAUGAAAUUCAUAUAAUAAGCCAACCAACGAUUAUCAGUGCCGCCGAAUUUCGACCCCCAGCUUCACAGCAGCAGCAAAUAAUUACAACCAGUGCAUUUAAUCCUCAAAUACAACCUCCGCAAGGACUUCAAGUACAAUUUCACACGGUUCCACCUCCCCCUCAGCAGAUCAUCACUAGUUUGCCUAAUGCUCAAACGCAGCCUCCACCACAAGCGACAGGAUCACAGUUGAUUGAAAACCAACCUGGGACUCCACAUCAAAUUAUUAUAAAUGCAUCUAUUCCCCCUCAACCGCCACCACCACCGGCAUUUACGGCUGUACAAUUUUCCACCCAAGAAUCACCAAAGCCCACUGUUGAACAGUUGCAACAACGUCCGCCACCUCAGUCACAGCCUCAACAGCAGCAACAAUCUUUAAGUUUAUCUACACAAUCACAGCCGCAUGCUAUUAUAUUGCGUCCUGGCCAGAAACGCAAAAUGGUUGAAGAUGAUGUGAAUAAAUCCAUGCCUCUUAAAGUUGGGAUGGGUUCAAUUUAUGAUGGUAACUUGUGUAGGAUGAGCGGUGCUGGAAGAAAUUUUGCUGUGAGAAACAACGGUGGAAUUUUAACAGCUGCUCAAGCCAAAUGCAUUAUGUCUUCAGUGUCUACUGGAACGGUAACCACUUCGUCUACUUCGGGCAAUGGACUUAUAUCGUCUCAGAUAUCCUCUGAUCAUAUGACAGACUUCAGGAGGCAAAAGUAAACGCAAAAAUUGUCAGCGACAUCUCGACUGUCCAAUCGCAUGACAGUAAAGCAGCUGAUUCCAUUCUGCUGAUGAUAUAGAAAUUCAUUGCAGACAGCGCCAUCGACAGAUAUGAUUACUAUGCAGCUAGAGCAAAUGUCAUGUUUAUGGAAAAUUAUUCCAAUUUCGUAACAAGCAUGUACCAACGUCAUAAAUAGAUUGUUUCGAACAUCAGCAUCUGAACAUACUGAAAGGAGCUAUCAAAAUGACAACUCUAAAACAACUGUAGUUGAUUGUGCUAGAAUCCAUAGUGGUUUAUUGGUUUUAUUUUAUGGAUAUGAAUGAGCCCAAAUGGGAUAAUCUAUGGGCAUUAUUAAUAACAUCAGCAAGGGAAAGGAGCACAACACUGUAGAGUAAUAACAACUAUCAGAUUUUGUAUCUGAUUGAUAUUGUUAAUGUUAAAACAUAUUUCGUGCUUUCUUUUUUCCGCGUAGCAAUGUUCAGGUGUAUUUCACUCCGAUGUUCUUAGACACAAGCUUAUAGUGCGCGGCAGUAAGCAGUAUCACAAAUUUGUAUAGCCUGACAGAUUACUACUAAGUAAGAAGGCAAAAUUGUAUCAUAAUGUAAUUAAAUCUGUUUCAGUUUGCGUUUUAUAUAAGAAUGUUUUGAUUUUAUUUUGAUUAAAAAUAAUAUUCAAUUCAAAGGGAAUAAACUUGCUCUUCAAUAAACAAUAGUGUAAAUUAAUUACCCACUGUACUGUAACGAUACCGUUUCGACGAUCGUCGAAAAGAAAGAGUAUUAGCAUAGAUGUGGCAAACUGUUGUAAACUUCUGGUAAAAUAAUUUAUAUUAUUGUGAAAGUUUCUUUUCUUUUAUAUAAAACGAUUAUCUUAAUCAUAAUUGAUUUCAUUCUGCAUAUUACUAUAUA